UCCUAUCUUCUCAAAAUAAUGACAAUAAAUAAUAAUAAUACGAUCAUCAUUUAUCUAAUCAAAUUCAAUUCUUAGCUUCCAUUUAUAUAUUUAACUUCCCCACCCACCUCCCCCCACAACCCAACUGUUUCUUCAACUUUUCCCUUUUACUCUUCUCUUCUUCACCAAACCUUUUUCACAAUCAUGAAGCUGCCUCAUCAUUCCUCUGCUCUGUUUACUGCUUCUCUUGCCCUCUUCUUCUUUGUUGUCACUGCUGCCGAUCCCGAUUUGCUUCAGGACGUUUGCGUCGCCGAUCUCGCUUCAGGAAUCAAAGUAAACGGAUUCACCUGCAAAUCGAAUUUCUCAGCAGACGAUUUCUUCUUCAAUGGAUUAGCCAAAUCAGGGCUCACCAACAAUACCCUAGGAUCGCGAGUAACCGGCGCCAACGUCCAAUCAAUCCCCGGUCUGAACACACUCGGCGUCUCCCUUGCCCGAAUCGACUACGCUCCCGGCGGUCUGAACCCGCCACACACGCAUCCACGCGCCACCGAGAUCGUGUUCGUCCUGGAAGGCCAACUGGACGUCGGUUUCAUAACAACCGGUAACGUUCUUGUCUCGAAAUCGAUCAAGAAGGGAGAGAUCUUCGUUUUCCCCAAGGGAUUGGUUCAUUUCCAGAAAAACAACGGGAAGGUACCGGCGGCGGUGAUUGCGGCGUUUAAUAGCCAGUUCCCGGGUACCCAAUCGAUUGCGGCGGCGCUUUUUGCCGCAUCUCCGCCGGUGCCUGAUAAUGUGUUGACGAAGGCGUUUCAAGUUGGCACUAAGGAAGUCGAGAAGAUCAAAUCGAGGCUUGCACCGAAGAAGUAAUAAUGAAGAUUGAGAAUUGAAAUUGAAAUUGGAAGUGAAAGAUUUGUGUUUGGAAUUUGAUUACAUUUGGUUGUUCUGAUUGUAUUAUUAUUAUUUGUAUUUCUGUUUUCUUCUUUUUUCUACACUGAUUGAUUAAAUAAUAAUUGGGAUUUGGGGAUUUGUA